AUGGAGAUGAAGCUGGAGUGCGCAGUGUAUGGCGAAAAGAGCGUGUUUCCCGUGAAGAUCACUCGUGAUGCUAAAGUGAGCGCAUUGCAGGAGGCCAUCUUCGACAAGAAGCGAUAUAAAGAGCGCUACAGCUUUGAUGGAAGCGAUUUGACGCUGUACUUGGCGAAGAAGGACGACGCGUGGUUAAAUCAUGAUUACAGUGUGGAGGACGUGCUGCAAAGAAAGAUCGACAGCGGAUACAAGAAGAUGCUCUCGUCGCGGAAACUCGACGAUGAUGAGUAUUUCAAAAAGAAGUUUCAGCCUGGAGAUAAAGAGAUUCACGUCUUGGUGGAACUGCCAGAAGCUGCCGCUGGUGAGAAAUUGCGUAAGCGAUACGUCCAUUCGGAAAUGAGCUCGAACGAGGGAAAAGCGCUGCUGCAUGACCUGAAUAUUCGAGUGAAACCUGUUGGCACGGUUGCAUUUACUGCUAGAAACCCAGCUCCGGUUCAGGGAUUCAAGUGGGAUAGCGUUUGCGAUGGACGUGGUCAGAACAUUGCGCUCACCGAGGAGCAGCAACGAGAGCGAUACCGCGAGUACGUGGAACACAACAUUGGCGAUGUGCUCGCGGAGAAGAAGUUAUGCGUGCUCGGCGUGGAAAAAGGCAAUAACAUUCUCAGCGUUGCAGUACCUAGUCACGAUAUUGAUCUUGUUGGAAAGAUGGAUAUCCUCGUAUUGAGUGCUCUCGCAAAACAAUUCCCGCAUUAUGUGGAGCUGUUGCCUGAUGUGAAGAUGCUGAUCGAAGUUAAGAAGGUGGUAAAAGCAGGUUCCAGCUUCCAGGCUUUGUCGGAACUAAUCGCACUGGAUUUCCUCGUCGAUGACCCAGUGAUGGCACUGCUAACUAACUUGACUGAUCAUUGGCAGUUCUUCUGGGUUUCCGAGAAGAAUAACAAUUAUGUCAUCAUCCAGACAACGACCGUGACCGAACCAGGCGCAGCUUUUGCCGUGAUCAGGACGCUACUUGCGCAUUCACCGACUGAUGAUGCAGAUAUCACUCUUCCAUGCUUUGAAAAACCCAUCAAGCGACGCAAGCUGGCGAAGGUGUUGCCGACAAUCAGCGAAGUGGGUGAAAGUAGCGGCAUACGUGCCGCUAUUGAACGAUACUAUGAUAUCGCAAGCGUGCUGGGUCCUGAUAUUGACAUGGCGCGUGCUGCGGCUAACCAAAUCGCUCGAACUAUUCCCGUUUUUAGUUACUACACGUGA